GCUGCUGCGGGGCCGAGGCUGGAGCGGGCGGGGAGGGGCGCGGGUGGGAGAGCGGAGGAGGGAGGAGGCGGCGGCGGCGGCGCGUGUGGCAGGCGGGCGGGCGGCUGGCACCGGGCUCGUAAAUAAACUGCGAUGCUGUCUCGGGCUCGCCGGCCUGGGUGCCGCCGCCGCCGCCGCCGCCCCGGAGCGCCGGUGCCAGGCUCCCGCUGCCGCGCGCCCUAGCUUCUCCGCGCCUGCCUCGCGCGCCCUCGCCCGUUCCCCGCAGCCCCCGGCCCGCGCCCCUCGGGGUCCCGCGGCUGACCCGCGCGGGAUGUGACUUCUUUCCCCCCGGCCCGGCCUCCCCUGCCCCCCGGGGGGCCCGCCUUUGCCUGCUUUUGGGGGGGGUGGGUGGGGAGGGGCGCGCGGAUCAUGGCAUUGGAGUUCCCGGGCUUGCAGCCGCCGCCGCCGCCUCGUCCACGCACCCCGAGCGCCCCUUCUUCCCGGAGCAGCAGCGGAGAAGGCGAGGCAGAUGGGGCUCAAGGCGCGCAGGGCGGCGGGGGCGGCUGGCGGCGGCGGCGACGGGGGCGGCGGAGGCGGCGGGGCCGCUAACCCGGCCGGAGGGGACGCGGCGGCGGCCGGCGACGAGGAGCGGAAAGUGGGGCUGGCGCCCGGCGAUGUGGAGCAAGUCACCUUGGCGCUCGGGGCCGGAGCUGACAAAGAUGGGACCCUGCUGCUGGAGGGCGGCGGCCGCGACGAGGGGCUGCGGAGGACCCCGCAGGGCAUCGGGCUCCUGGCCAAGACCCCCCUGAGCCGCCCUGUCAAGAGGAACAACGCCAAGUACCGGCGCAUCCAAACUUUGAUCUACGACGCCCUGGAGAGACCGCGGGGCUGGGCGCUGCUCUACCACGCGCUUGUGUUCCUGAUUGUCCUGGGCUGUUUGAUUCUGGCCGUCCUGACCACAUUCAAGGAGUACGAGACCGUUUCGGGAGACUGGCUUCUGCUGCUGGAAACAUUUGCUAUUUUCAUCUUUGGAGCCGAGUUUGCUUUGCGGAUCUGGGCUGCCGGAUGUUGCUGCCGAUACAAAGGCUGGCGGGGACGGCUGAAGUUUGCCAGGAAGCCCCUGUGCAUGCUGGACAUCUUCGUGCUGAUUGCUUCGGUGCCGGUGGUUGCCGUGGGAAACCAGGGCAAUGUCCUGGCCACGUCACUGCGAAGCCUGCGCUUCCUGCAGAUCCUGCGCAUGCUGCGGAUGGACCGGAGGGGCGGCACCUGGAAGCUCCUGGGCUCGGCCAUCUGUGCCCACAGCAAAGAGCUCAUCACCGCCUGGUACAUCGGGUUCCUGACGCUCAUCCUUUCUUCAUUCCUUGUCUACCUGGUUGAGAAAGAUGUACCGGAUGCACAAGGAGGAGAGGUCAAAGAGGAGUUUGAGACCUAUGCAGACGCCCUGUGGUGGGGCCUGAUCACACUGGCCACCAUUGGCUACGGAGACAAGACGCCCAAAACGUGGGAAGGCCGUCUGAUUGCAGCUACCUUUUCCUUAAUUGGCGUCUCCUUUUUUGCUCUUCCAGCGGGCAUCCUGGGGUCCGGGCUGGCACUCAAGGUGCAGGAGCAGCACCGUCAGAAGCACUUCGAGAAAAGAAGGAAGCCGGCUGCUGAGCUCAUUCAGGCUGCCUGGAGGUAUUAUGCUACCAACCCCAACAGGAUUGAUCUCGUGGCGACAUGGAGAUUCUACGAAUCAGUCGUCUCUUUUCCGUUCUUCAGGAAAGAACAGCUGGAGGCAGGAGCCAGCCAAAAGCUGGGUCUCUUGGAUCGGGUUCGCCUUUCUAAUCCUCGUGGUAGCAAUACUAAAGGAAAGCUAUUUACCCCUCUGAAUGUAGAUGCCAUAGAAGAAAGUCCUUCUAAAGAACCAAAGCCUGUUGGCUUAAACAAUAAAGAGCGUUUCCGCACCGCCUUCCGCAUGAAAGCCUACGCUUUCUGGCAGAGUUCUGAAGAUGCCGGGACGGGUGAUCCCAUGGCAGAAGACAGGGGCUACGGGAAUGAAUUCCUCGUGGAAGACAUGAUCCCCACCCUGAAGGCUGCCAUCCGGGCUGUCAGAAUUCUACAAUUCCGUCUCUAUAAAAAAAAAUUCAAGGAGACUUUGAGGCCUUACGACGUGAAGGAUGUGAUUGAGCAGUAUUCCGCAGGACAUCUCGACAUGCUAUCCAGGAUAAAGUACCUUCAGUCAAGAAUAGACAUGAUUUUCAGCCCUGGACCUCCAUCAACUCCAAAACAUAAGAAGUCUCAGAAAGGGGCAGCGUUCACCUACCCAUCCCAGCAAUCUCCCAGGAACGAACCAUAUAUAGCCAGAGCAUCCACAUCGGAAAUUGAAGACCAAAGCAUGAUGGGGAAGUUUGUGAAAGUUGAAAGACAGGUUCAGGACAUGGGGAAGAAGCUGGAUUUCCUCGUGGAUAUGCACAUGCAGCACAUGGAGCGGCUGCAGGUGCACGUCACGGAGUACUACCCCACCAAGGGGACCUCCUCACCAGUCGAGGUGGAGAAGAAAGAGGACAACAGGGAUUCCGAUUUGAAAACCAUCAUCUACAACUAUUCCGAGACAGGCCCCCCCGACCCCCCCUACAGCUUCCACCAGGUGCCCAUAGACAAAGUCGGCCCCUAUGGGUUUUUUGCCCACGACUCAGUGAACCUGCCCCAAGGGGGACCCAGUUCUGGAAAGGUCCCAGCGACCCUUUCCUCUUCGGCAAAAACAUAUGUAGAAAGGCCCACCGUCCUGCCUAUCUUGACUUUUCUCGACUCCCGAGUGAGCUACCACACCCAGGCUGAACUGCACGGCCCGUACUCGGACCGGGUCUCCCCCCGGCAAAGACGCAGCAUCACGCGGGACAGUGACACCCCUCUGUCCCUGAUGUCGGUCAACCAUGAGGAGCUGGAACAGUCUCCCAGUGGCUUCAGCAUCUCCCAGGACAGAGAUGAUUAUGUGUUUGGCCCAAGCGGGGGGUCGAGCUGGAUGAGGGAAAAACGUUACCUCGCCGAGGGGGAGACAGACACAGACACAGACCCCUUCACACCCAGUGGCUCCAUGCCGCUGUCGUCCACAGGGGACGGGAUCUCUGAUUCUAUAUGGACCCCUCCCAACAAGCCCAUUUGAAAGGGGUUGUGCGCUCACUCCUCCUUGUAAUGUAGACAGACUUUGUAUAGCUCACUCGCUCUCACCUCCGACUCUAACCAGCGAGAUCACCAAUGGCUGCAUCGAUCGCAUGCAUGUGCGUGGCGGCCCCACCUGGGCAGGGGCUUGACAUGGCCUUUUUCCUCCUCAUGUCACCACAAUGAAGCCGCUUCCUUUUAAGCAUGGUUUGCAUGACUUUACACUAUAUAAAUGGUACCACUAAUCUCUUCUAGGAUACACAUUUAUCUGCUGUUCUUACUUUGAAUCACGCUUGGACCAGUACAGGGAGAAAUCGCCGAUGAGCUGCGCUGUCUGGUUGGCUGCAUUGGGUUUUGGUUUGGUAAACAGGGCUGGUAGUUUAAGUUAGUUCUCGGAUCACUGCCCCUUUGUGUAAAACAUUCCAGUGAUUAACUGUUUUCUAAAGCAAGCAAAUAAUUUUCUCGACAAAAACGUAUUACAUAUCAGUGAGGCUGCCUACUGAGCUGAAGCGUUAGGAAAGGAAUGAGAUCGUCAUUGCGUUCCCCCAAACCAAGAAUUUUAAACGUUAUCUUUUUAAGGAAAAACUGGCAAAACCAUCUAAAAGCUCUCAAAGGGACCUCACUUGGUCUGCCGUUGUCUAGUAUCAUGCCUCAGUUUCCUCGUGUGUAAAAGGUCGUGGUAAUCCCAAAUUAGCAUUUUGGAUGAGUUAUGAAUUGGUGAGGAGAAAGCAUACACACACGCGUUAAUAUAGUUCCCAAUUUUGUAGCCAAAGAUAAUGAAAUUGGUGAGAAGCCUCUCUGGGAAGGAGUGAAGUUCACUGCCUUCAAAAUGAGGGUCCAACUGACAUUCCUUCCCAUGAUACUUGUACAAAAUAUCCAUCUCAAAUAGAAAGUAGAGUCAAGAGGGCACAGCAAUUAUCUGGUCUAAGUCUUUCUUUGUAAAAACGAGAAACCUUUGGCUCAGGCAAAAAGACAUGCCCAGGGUCACUCCACUGUCCCCUGGAGAGCUGGGACUCAAAGCCCAGUGAGCUGACUUGCUCCAUGCCCUGGUCUCCUCCUAUGACACCACUCUGCAGUUUAUACAAUGGGACCCAGAAAUCGUGCCAAGAUACCUGUGCUCUGUGUCAUGUGGAAGGCACUCACGACACAGUUUAUUCAGCGGGAGGGAGCUCUCUACCUUUAUUGCAAAACAUGCUCACUUGAUGCGUUGCAUUUUGGAUCCAGAAAAAAAAGUAAUACAAGCAAGCUACAACGUUUAUUAAUAUGCAAAUAGACCAAAUUUCCAGAACCAUCUAAUUUUACUCCUCCAGAUUUUUUAAACCACAUAUAUCCAUAAGACUGGCUAAAGUGUAAGCAGACAAUCUGGAGAGCACUGCCCUACUGAAUACUGAAUAAGUAUUAAUAUUGAGUACAAGCCAUCCUGUUGCCUCUUAUGAGAUGUCUCAACUCUCUGAAACACUUUGAUGGAAAAGGUUUUGGCUAGCUUGAGUCAGAUCAGCUAAAUGAUAUACCACCGUAUUAUUGUCUUACUCUUUUCACACAUCUAAGCACUGGUUGUGGUUGGUGGCCACAAUGACCAUCAGGAUGACCAUAUGGCCUAAACAAAUGUCUACAUGCAAACGCCACUUAUGACCUCCCCCACAGUCUUGUCAAGAGCCAUAGUAGCUGUGGCAGACAUCUGGUUGAUGGUUUCAUUGUUGCCUAAUGCAGGGGUCUUAUACUAUGUCAGAGAGAGGAGCUACUUUCUCAGAGAUUGGUUCCUUUCAACCCACGUCAACAGGUACUGUGCAAAAGGCUCAGAGUAGAGUAAAAAUGAAGGCUUGGUUCCUAACCUUAGGAAUUCACAACAAAGCCUGACGUCCCUAGCCAAGGGCGGGCAUUGUGAGAGGUAGAAAGGGAGUUUUACUGGAGAGCCCCACAAAUGGAUAGGUGUUGACCUUGAAGUCUGAGGUGGGAAAUACACAAGAAUGAUCACACACAUCAGACAUGAAACCCCCUCCCCAAUGGCUUGCCAUUUGACCUUCCAGCACUCUGAAGGGCAAAGGGCAUGGAUCAUUUGUCCUUCUCUCAGCUCCCUUAAAAUACCUGAAAGUACCAUUGAAGUUGACAACCUAAGAAACCCUAUGCCCCUUCCUUAGGUCUUGGUUCUCGAUUCUGACCUUCCUAGAAUCUUUCACCCGAAAUGAUUGAACUACGUACUAUCUAACAUGUUACUAUGUUAUUCUUUAUGUACGAGUUAUUUGAAACAAAAACCAAAAGAAAAAGAAAAUGGAGAAUGAAUCAAACUCUCCACAUAUGCACCAAUUACUUUUCCUAACAUUAAUAUUCAUGCAGAACCAACUAGCCUCAGUAGCUUACAAAUAGAUGCAUUUGCUGGGAACUCAAUGGAAUUCUCAGUUGGGAGGGUAAAAUUUUCUUAUCUCAAGCUGAAGACAGUUACCAUGAAUCCAAAGUUAUGCGACUGCCUUAGGUUCUUCUAAUAACCCACAAAGGAUUGGAGCAUGUAUCACUUCCCAAACCUUAGGAAGGUGGUCCAGCUUCCCUGCUGGAUCAUGAGACCAGGAUGGCAAGCAUUGGGUUUGUGUUGAUGGCCACCACAUCUCCAACAUGUAGGAAAUUAUCCUUAUCAGUGUAGACAAAGACAAUAUACAUUUUUCGUGAAUGAAUAGAUAAGAUUCUUAAGGGCUGUUCUUUCCCAUCUAAGAAAACAAAAAAGAGAAAAAUGAUCUUCUGGAAUAUUCUGCUUCAAUAUGCUCUUUUUAAAAAUACAUUCCAGAAAAGUAAACCAAACCUGCUCAAGCUGCCUGCCCAUAGACAACGUCAUCAACAUGGCUGGCAUUGAUGAAGCAGAAAUUCAAAGUCUAAGAUUGAACAUAAGUUAUGGGGGAGAAACAGUGUGUGCUUCCACAAAGAUCUUUUUUUCAGACAAAAGAAAAGUAAGAUGGAAUAAUCCAAUGAAAGUGGUUAAUAACAUGGCCCAGUACUAUACCACUUCAGAUAUACCAGUGGUUCUGAAGCUUGCCCAGGAAAUUAGAGUAGUUUUGGCAGAACCCAUGAAUAGUAACAAAUUAACCCCAUCAUAAAAAAUAGGAAAGAUCUUCUCAAGUGAAACUAUGAUCCCAUUAUGUUUGUUCAGCCUCUGUGUGUCACAAUAUGAUAUACGAAAAUUUUAAGAGGUCAAGUUUUAGCAGGAUCAAAAUGAAUGAGAUAAACCUACUUGCCAAGUGUUGGGUGAAAGAUGAUCUUGUUGGGGCCGAGAAGAAGGCACUCGAGAUCAUGUGUGAGUUUGACUAUCAAAUACCAGCGCACAAGCAAACAAGAAAGCUUUAAGAAAAAAAGUUGUGAGAGGAAAGAAAGGCCUAUUCAUGAACUGUACCUUUUCUGGGAACUGAGAGUUCAGGCUUCUUAGGCAUGAUAUUAAUGUUAUGAAGCUCUAGUUUUCAUGAAAACAUAUCUAGAAAACCCCAAGGUAUACCAUAGUUCAAAAUGAGCCAAUUCAUCAACAAUUAUGCAUUAUGCUUGCCUAUUUUGUGCAAGGCAGUUCCUAGACACUGUGAGUUGAAAGAAUAAUUACUUGUAGAAUUUGAUCCUACAGAUCCUAAUAUAACAAGAUCUACUCAUAAUUUGCCAAGACCGUUCUCAUAAUUCAAUGCCACUCUAGUGAGAGUGUAAUAAAAACAUUCAUUUGUUUAUUCAUUUACAAAAUUUAUUAAGGACAACUGUCUUCUAGGCAGGGCACAAGGCACCAGAAAUUCAGAGAUAAGAAAACCACAGCUUGCCGUCAAAAAGAUAGGAAUCUGGUGACCUCAAAUUAUCAGAGCUCCCUUCAGACUAAGUCUCUCAGGAAUGGAAAGUAUCUGAUUUUAUCCCUGCAGACAACUCUGUAGAUAGGAAUGCUUCCGAGCUUGGAAUCAGUGAGAGAUUGAAGAUGGAGGAAAAUGAAACCAAAAAUUCAUCAGAAUGGUAAUAACCCCACCAGGGAAGGCUGAAUGGGUUGUGUUGGAACUUUGCGUUUGGGUUCAAUGCUUUGGACUUCGUAGCUCUAGAUAAGCCAUGCAGGAAGGAGGUUCUGGAGUUCUUGGAGAAACCAGAUUUCUCUUCCUCUCCUAGUCCCUGCUAUGAUUGAGGCCAGGCAAGGAGCUGGGCUGCUUCCAUUUCAUCGUGUUGACCAAAAGAGGCUUAUGGUACAGACCAAGACACAGCAUCAUUUUCAAGAGAAAGGUGUCACUCUGCCUAUGGAAUCCUGCAGAUCACGUCCUCCUGGGGCAAGUGAAGAAAUGUGUUCUGUGGCCUAAGAAGUCGAUUGCGUUUGGCACAGUGCUGCCAAGCACACCCAGCCUUCCUCCAGAAGAUGCCACAAAGCUGGUCUUUGUUUUCCAUGAGUACAUUUCCAAGGCACCUAGAACCACGAGAAUUGUCUUUGCUUUCUGAACCCCAGACAUCCUUAAGAAUUUGCCCCGUGUCCUCACUUAUCUUGAAGGCUGGCUUAUUUCAGGAUGAACUUUUUAAAAGACUAUAAUUCCUUUCUUUGUAUUGAGACCGACCCAAAGUUUUUGUGUUACUGGUAUCAUACUAUUCAAAACUGAGCCAAUAGUCCCCUAAGCAAGGCAGCAGGUAGCGCCUCACCGAUGCCCAGAUUAGAACACAGUACGAACCAGGCUAUCUGCAGAGCUUUAGUGGUUUUGGAAACCAGUAAUGGAAAUGUCAAAGACAGAGGAAGAUGUAGAGAUGCCUUGGGUGAAAAUUUGAGUUUCAGGACAUUCAAAAGUGUUUGACAUUUCUGGCCUGUUUUGAUUUUCAAACGAGACAAUCAAUAUAUAUACACAAAGCCCCAGGCACAGUGACGGCCAUAUACUGGCGACUGUUAUUCAUGUUCUUUUAUAUGUGUGUGUGGACUCCAUUGCUUCAGUCUUUGGUAUUACCUAUGGACUCUAAAUUUAUAGCAGAAAAUCUUUUUCAGAAAAAGAGUGGUGGAGAUACAAUCCCGAUUAUUACGUGACAAAAUCGGGCACUUUCACAAUUGCUAUUUAAAUAAGGACAUCACUACAAAUAAAAAUGAGUACCUUAUUCAUCAAAGUGAGGAAGAGCAGGAAUGUUGGGAUGAAGACAGCAGGAUGAUUGGAUCCCAGGGCCUGGGUUGUAGCGGUCUACUGGACGUACAAUUACCAGAUAUUGCACAAUUCUCUCAAAGAGUGAUUUGUAGGAGGUAAAGACAAAUAGCAGGAAUAAUUAAAUAUCAAGGAACUAGUGGUUUCAACAGAGAAAGUCAACUGUGCCAUGCUGUCAGACGACACCCUAACAAUGAAUGGAGAACUUCCAGAAGGAAGAGCUCAAGCGUGUUCAAACCCUCCCCAGGAGAAUUUGUUCCCAGCCUAUAACAGCCUCGACUUCGUCAUCCCUCUAGGAAAAUUGUGACUAAUAAUUUUCUUUCUCCUCGUAGAUGCAAGGUGAUAUAAUUUCAUAGAUUCUCAGAUGCUCAGAGCAAGAAGAGACCUUGAUCACCCAGAACAACCACCUCUCUCUUUAGAUCAGGAAGCAGAGGCUCAGAGCAAAGGGAAGCAUGAGUGAUUGGGUAGCAGAGUGAAUCUAAACUCAGGUCUCCUAACUCCUGGUCCAGAUGUUGAAGAUCAAAAACUAGAAGCAAAAUAAAAAGUAAAAUAAAAUAACCAGUGAGAACAAAACCUUGCUGUCGGGCCCGGGAGAUGAAUGAAAGCUUCCUGGCCCAGUGGAAAAACUGCUAAACCAGAGACGUUUGUUGGGACUUCUUGCCAUCUCUGGACUAUGAUUGAUGAUCCUAUGCCUUGAAAGAUGACAACAUUCCUUCUUCCAAAAUCCCGCUGUCUUCAAAAGACCUAGCAAAACUCACUGCUGCUGUGUGCAGUUGAGAAUGGGAAUGAAGGAGAACCACCUCAUGGCCAUGCAAGCACUCCCUCCUCCCACUCCUCUGCCCUCUCCUACUGUGUCCUCUCUUUGACCCGCCACACUUAGACUGGUUCAGGUAGUAGGCCCAUCACUUGGACUCGUUCAGCUCCAGAGUCAUGCCUCAGAUUAUAUCCUCAUCUAUAUGCCAAUUUAAGAGGAUUUCUCCUUGAAAAAAGUUUAUGGAUUUGAUUUUAGGAAAUGGGAUGUGAUUUCUUUGGGGAGCUAUAUGACCCCAAGUUGCCAGCCUACUAAAGGUGUCCCUUUGCACUGGGACCUCUGGGUCUCACCUGGGCACAGCCUAGUUCCUCUUGCUUUGUCCCAUAGAAUGCACAUCUUGGCCAGAUCACAACCCGGUACUCCAGGGGCUUCACCAAAAGCUGCAAAGAAGCAAACAGGAUUCAACUGAAGACAUCUUAUGUUUGUGUUAACCAGGAAAUUAUUUUAGGAAGAAAACAGGCCUCUCCUGGUUCUAUUAAGGAUUUCAUAUUUGGUUUCUACUUGACGUUGUGCUUGGGAUAGAUUUGCCAAAAUUUGGCGGGGCUCUCUUGUUAAACCCAGUAUCAGGAUGAUCAGUUCUCUUGAGUCAGGCUGAACCAGAAGCUCCUAAGAUAGUCAGAAAGAAAGGUGGUCAAGUUCUUGGUCAGCAAUAGCUGACCUAGUAAUUUUAAAGGCCAACAGUCUACCUAAGUCGUCUUGGCCUCCACAUAGCACUGUUCUGGGGUUAAGAUAAGUUUCAGAGGGAAAUAAGUCAAACAUGAGCUCUAUAUAAGAAUAACCUGAGUGUGACUUAUAAUGAAGAAGUCAAAAGCCUAGCCCAGUGCUUAGGAAUAUGUUUGUAAUUCCGUUCAGACGUGUCAAAUGGACUACAAUUUGACGCCUGAGAGUAAUGAAAAAUAAGAGCACGUUCUUUCAAUUUUCCAUUCUUUUCCUCUGCCCACAAGACUGAGGUGAGGGAGGGGGGGAGAGAUCCACCCUAAACUCUCUUCGUGAGUUGCAUGCACCAUAAUAGAUCUCUCUGUUGGCUUCAUGCAAUCCUCAUGGCAGCCCCAUGGGGCAGGUGUUGCUGUCUCCAUGUUGUAGAUGAGGAAACUGAAGCUGAGAGGGAAAAUACCUUGCCAAAGGUCACACAUUAUAAGAGGUGGAGCUGGGAUCAUAACCAAAGCCCAUGUACCUCCAAAGCUCAAUGUCCACCACCCACCCCAAGUUUCCCAGGUCAGUGGAAAUGCUCCCAAAUCAUGCCCUGGGAUCCUCCACAAUGCCUUGCCCUUCUGUGCCCAGUAAGCUUUACAGUAAAAUGAUCACAGACCGUUGGUUCCCUGGAGAGAAGAUUGAUUCCUGUGUCAGAUGCUCCACUUGGUUAUUCAGCACAUCCUUUCACAAUCCAGCUGUCAGUGGCAGAAAAUAAUGCUCCAUAAAUUAUUCACCUGGUUCAUGUUGGAAUCCAUUAGCUCUUGGAGUUUGGUCUAUCUGCAGAUAAUCCCACAGGUACCCCUUGUUCUCUGCCCCCAAAGAUCUCCUGUCAUUGUUUUAACCAAACAAGUUCACCUGUACCUCCUGACUCUGGUCUUUUGUCUCUAGACUGGACCUUUAUUUCAGGACCUUAAAAUCCUUCAGAAACUGAUGAGUCUUCAAAAACAUUCUCUAGGAAGCCAAAUGCUCAGAACAGUUGUGUUUCUUUUUCUCGAUAUUGAAAGAUCAAGGUUCCCAGUGGAAACCAACCUGGUCUGGUAAUCGAGCCCUUCUUUCCCCCUCUGAAUACUUUUCCAAGGGAGAGGAGAGCAGCUCUACCCUGCAAAGCUUCUGUGAGGGCUAAGAGUCCACUUGGGAGGUCAAGUUCCAAGAUUCGUGGCCGCCAUUUUGCCAAGCACCAGAGAUUUUGCCUUUGGAGACAUGAGGCAGGCUCUGCCCCAUCUUGAAAAUCACCUUAGACUUAGAAAGAUGUGCCAACUUUGUCAGAUUUGUCAAUCAUUCCCUGUUUUAAAAAGAAAAAUGCUCUCUACACUGCUUCCAGUGGGAUUUGGCUAUUCUUCUUUUUCUUUUUUCUCCUUCUAAUGUAGCAAUGAUGGAAAACACCCAUCUCUGAAGAGCAAAUUGAGGUUUCCAGUGACGUGAAUCCAUUGUGUUUGAUUUUGGAUUGUCUUUUCUUUAAUCCCCUUUUAUGGCAUAGAAUUCUGGUGCCUUGCUCCCUGAAUUUGUCUUCUUGCUACAAGUAGGCUUUCUUCACGUUCUGGCUUACAUGGGAACACAACUCUUCCACAAGUGGCCUUUAGUGCUCUUUAUAAUAUGAUUUCCUGUAAUUUUUAAACCGUAUGUGUAAUUUAUAUUCUGGCUCUGUCCAAUAUUUGAACAACUUUAAUAGGUUGAUUUCCGUAUAUAUUAUGCAAACAAUUCUUACCUGAUUUUUUAUGUUCUGUCUUAAAACAAAUAAAUACUGCACCACUUAUUAAUAAAUAGCCAUUUCAGUGA